GCAGAACACUGACUAAAAUUAACUAUAUAUUGGGUUACAAACCAAGUCUUAGCAAAUUUCAAAGGAUUAAAAAUGACUAAAGCACAUUUUCUGAGCACAACAGUCUUAAUCUGGUAAUCAACAAUAAGAAGAUAACUAGAAAACCCCAAUUGUUUGGAAAUGAAAGAGUAGAUUUCUAAAUAACCCAUGGGUCAGGAAGAAACUACAACGAAAAUGAGAAAAUAUUCUGAACUCAUUAAAUGAUAAUGAAAAUGCAACAUCGAACUGAUGGGUGUGCAGUUAAAGCUUUGUUUAGAAGGAAAUUUAUAACCUUAAGUAAAUGUAUUAGAAAAGAGGAAAGGAAGAAAGGCUGAAUGUCAAUUAUAUAAGUAUCCAUCUCAGAAGCUACAAAAUAAUUAGCAAAUAAAGUGAGUGAAUGACCGUGUGUAGCUACCUGAGGAGUGUGUGUGAGGGGAGGGAGAUCUGGUUCUGUGUGGGAAGAGCACUGUAAGCAGACCAGCCAUGGGCUCAGGCUGCCUUGGUUUACAGCUCAGCAACUCCCCAUACCUUCAGUAUCUGGGAAUCUUUGGGCAACUCUUCUCCUUUCUAUCUGUUUUCAUAUUGAUACAAUGGAAAGGAAGUUCCCACCUCCUGACUUCGUUAUGAGUUUUAAAUGAGUUACUAUAUACAAACGUUUAGAAUGGUGCUUAGCAUCUGAUUAUUUUGAGCAUCUAUGUCUCUGUGAGAAUGAGUCACAUCUCACAGGCCCCCAGUCUGCAUCUGCCCUGCUCUACAGGUACGAGCAGAGCACCAAGUUCCACACGAUGACAAAGUUCUGGCAUUCCUGCAGACCCAGUUCCAACACUCCAGCCCUCCUGUGCCUCCCUUUUGUACUGCUGCUUGAUGGCCAUCCCCAAGAGUCCUCUGAGCCCAGUGCCCUGGGAACAGGAAGGCUUCCUGCGUGUGAAGGUGGAGGAUGAGGAGGCCACCCUCUCUGAGAUCCAGGAAUCUAGCUCUGGCCACACUGCCCACCCUGAGGCUGCUCGUCUUCGCUUCCGGCGCUUCUGCUAUGAGGAGGCAUCCAACCCACAUGAGGCCCUGGCCCGGCUGCGUGAGCUGUGCCACCAGUGGCUGCAGCCCGAGGCGCACUCCAAGGAGCAGAUGCUGGAGCUGCUGGUGCUGGAGCAGUUCCUGGGGGCGCUGCCCCCCAAGAUGCAGUCCUGGGUGGGUGCCCAGUUCCCCAAGAGUGGUGAGGAGGCUGCCAUGCUGGUGGAAGGAUGGGACCCGAAAGCCAAGCUCUCAGAGGCAAACUGCAUGCAGAGUGAUUUGGAAGAGUCAGAGCCAUUAGACAGAGCCACUGAAACCCUUAUGGGAGGUAUUUCCCUGGGACCCACCUUUGGUGAUGCUUGUGAACCUGAGGGCAGCUCAGAGAGGCAGGCAGGACUCUCGGGGGAAACCUGGACGAAGUCUGUCCCCCAAGAGAUGGAUUUGAGGGAAACUUCAGAGCCUCACAAGGAUGUUCCCAUUGACCAGCCCAGCUGUGAAUCUGGUGCCUUGGGGAAUAGUCCCAAUGUGUGGCCAAAUUUCACCUCAAAAGAGAAGACACCAGAAGAGAAAUUUGAUGCAGUAGAUGGUGAUAGGACAGAGCCUCCAUGCAUAUACUCAGGGAGGAGGUCUUCCAAGUGUGGUGAAUGUGGAAAAACAUUCCAGAGCCCCUCAGCCCUCGAGACACAUCAGAAGAGCCAUUCUCGGAAGACACCCUACACCUGUAGUGACUGUGGGAAAGCUUUCAGCCGGAGCACUCACUUAGCCCAGCAUCAGGUCAUCCACACCGGGGCAAAGCCCCAUGAGUGUAAAGAGUGUGGGAAGGCCUUCAGCCGGGUCACCCACCUAACUCAGCACCAGAGGAUCCACACUGGAGAAAAACCCUACAAGUGUGGGGAAUGUGGCAAAACCUUCAGCCGCAGUACCCAUCUCACUCAGCACCAGCGGGUGCACACAGGGGAGAGGCCCUAUGAGUGUGAAGAGUGUGGGAAGGCCUUCAGCCAGAGCACCCAUCUGACUCAGCACCAGCGCAUCCACACUGGGGAGAAGCCCUACAAGUGUGACGCUUGUGGGAGAGCCUUUAGUGACUGCUCAGCUCUGAUCCGCCACCUGAGAAUCCACUCCGGAGAGAAGCCAUAUCAGUGUAAGGUUUGUCCGAAGGCCUUUGCACAGAGCUCCUCCCUCACUGAGCACCAGAGAAUCCACACGGGAGAGAAGCCAUACAAGUGCAGUGACUGUGGGAAGGCCUUUAGCCGCAGCUCAGCCCUCAUGGUUCACCUGAGAAUCCACAUCACAGUCCUUCAGUAACCAAAGAAAGCCCUUGGGACACAGAACAACUUCCCCUCGGAGGAUCAACAUCUAAAAGAAACCCUAAGUUCCAAAGGAACAGAGAACAGGGUGGGUGAUUGAUAGUACCCUAAAAUGAUAAGGUGCUUCUGGGCAGAUUCUGGGGCUGUCUGGGAACAACUCUGCGUUUGGAGACCCAGAUGGAGGCACCUGAUGAACACAGAGCUAUUCAGGCCAGCAGGAGAAUCUUCCAGAAGGAUCCUGCUUCUCUCUAUACCCCACUCAGGCCCAUCUCAGAGAAAGGACAGCUGAGCUGAGGACCUGGAUUGGUCUUCAGAGCCAUGACAAUUGGAGUAAAGUUUCUGUCGGGACUCAGUGGUCCCAAGUUGCUCUGGGCAGAAAGGCUCCAGCUUCAUGUUUCCAUGUAGCUGCUCUUACCUUUUCUUACUUUUUAACUUACCUGGUAAGCUGAACUUACCUCUUAGCUUUUCCUCUCCCGCUUAGCCCAGGAGGGAUGACAGCCCAUGCCCACCUCUGUGCCUUCACACCUACUCUUUUGCUCCACCUGUUCAUGUCUAACUCCAAGGCCAACCUGUGGGGCUGCCUUUUCUGUGAGGCCUUCUCCAGGCCCCCAGUCUCUCUCACAUUCUCCCUAAUCAAGGGUGUGACAUGAUGCUUGCGCAGCAUCUGUUUCUCUUUGCCCUCUUCUUCUAUGUCCCAUCAGUCAUCAGCCCUGUUGGCUUUACCAAAAACUCACCUCUAAUCCGCCUUCACCAUUGUCACCUUCUGUGAGCCCUCAUCACCUCAUCUGGAUUGCAGCUGGGGUCUCCUGCCUUCAUUCUCUCCUCUGACUUCCCCCGAUAUUUCUUUCUCCACACCAGCCUCCAGGGGGCUCUUUCUGCAAGCCAGACCUGAUUGUGUCACUCCGUAGUAGAAAGCUCUCCAAUGCACCCCCUUCUUUGGCAAAGCUUCCUGAAUGGGUUACAAGUAUGCCAAGACAUAAGUCUUGGCCCCAAACAACCUCUCCAGGUACCCUUAUAUGUGUAUGUGAAAACUGUCAUUUUUCUAUGUGUUCAGUGAUGUGAAAAUGGUUUCAAAGAACUGCCCUUAGGGAUAUAUGUCAAACUCCUUCACCUGCCAUUCAUGAUCAUUUGUGACCUGACGCCCCCGUUCAUCUCCUCCUGUGGUAGCCCCACCUUCCACACACCAGCCCUGUGGAACUACUUGUGGUUCCUGAAGAAGCCAUAUUUCCCCCCACCUACGUGCCUCUGUACCUGUGCCUGCAAACCUUCUCUCCUUUCCUCCUAGAUGUUUCACAUAUCCCUCUCUAACAAAACCCUCCCUACUUCCUUGAGCUGACUUCAACUUGCCUUCUUUGCUUCCAGAGCACCUCCUUAACUUCUCUUUAACUUCCUACCAUGUUGUAUUUACUGCUUCCAGAGCUUACAGUCUGUGUUUCCCAAAGAGACUGUGAGCUUCCAAGAGCAAGGACCUUGUCUUAUCCUCAGUAUCCACAGCACAGGAUGCAGUAAGCUCUGACCAGUGUCUGUUGAAUGAUUAUACCAUUACUGGUGCCUUCCUGGAGGCAGUUGCCAUGCUCCACCCUGCGACCUGAGAAAGGUUGCUGUCUCCCUGACACCCUGCAGGGCAAGAAGAAUCUUAUUUUCCUAGAGCCCCAGCACUCAGACAAGCCUAGCAUACAGUGGCCUCAAUAAAAUGUUACCAUAUUGAGUCUGCCCUUUCUAUCGCCCCAGAAUUCCCUGGACUCAGUGGUUGCCAGCAUGCUGUCAGUGCUUUCUGGCCUUCUCUCACAGUUCUGUAUCCCUGCCCCUCUUUCAGGGUCCAUGUCUGUAACUGGAUGUCACUGCUUCUGUUCUUAACUUUUAGGGUGU